UUCAAGUUCAACAGGGAUGAGUUCAAGAUGAAGGUGCCGGUGGUGAUGCUGAGCUCUGUGACGGAGCUCCAUGCCUACAUCGACCGGACMCAYCUGCCCCAGGAMCUGGGAGGAACCCAGGAUUACUGCCAUGAGACCUGGAUCUCACACCGCACCGCUAUCGAGGCCUUUGCUCUGAUGGUGAAGACCACGGCACAGACCCUGCAGUCGUUUGGGACGGAGCUGGCCGAGACCGAGCUACCCAACAACYCCCAGGCCACGUCCAACCUGCUGGCCACACACACCGAGAAGAAGGGACAGAUGAAGGYGGACCUGUGUGUGGCCCUGGGCCAGGGGGGCCGGCUCCUGGAGAGCAUCAACGAGCCCCUGCAGAGAGAACCCGACUAUACAAUGAACCAGGACGAYCUGGAGAACCUGGCCACCGUGCAGAGACUGCUGGGCCAGCUGGAUGAGACAGAGACAGCGUUUGAUGAUUUCUGGGAGAGACACCAGACCAAGCUGGAACAGUGUCUGCAGCUCCGCCAUUUUGAAUACUACUUCCGUGAGGUGCGUGCCCAGCUGGAUGUGGUGUCAGAGCGGGUAGAGGCGUUCUCGGAGGUUGGCAUCAGUCCCGCCCAUGCAGAACACAUCCUACGAGAACUCAACAGCCAGGAGGAGAAGGCCUGUGAUGUGUUGGACUGGGCUCUGGCCCUGGCCACUGAGGGGGAUGGGCUGAUUGAGAGUGCUCACUACGCUGAGGACUCCAUCCUGCCUAAGUGCAGUGAGCUGAGGGCCGUGUGUGAUGAGGUCACCUCCUUCCUCAAGACCAAGAAGGUCCUCCUCCUGAGGGCCAUGGAGCUGCACCACUGUCUGGAGAAGGCAUCGAGGUGGUGUGAGGAAGGGAUCUACCUCCUUGCCUCCCAGCCGGUAGAUAGAUGUCAGUCUCAGGACGGGGCGGAGGCCGCGCUGCAGGAGCUGGAGAAGUACCUGGACACGGCCGCCCAACACCAGAUCACCGACCUCAACGCCAUCUGGAGGGACUAUGACUCCAUCCUCAARCCAGAGCUCAGGGAGCAGGUAGAGAAGGUGUUUCAAAAGCAGGUGUCCAUGCAGGAGAUGUUUGAGAAGAGGAGGGUCAGUCUGAAGAAGCUGGCAGCCAAACAGACACGGCCCGUCCAGCCAGUGGCUCCCAGGCCUGAAGCCAUCAUCAAGUUCCCCAUGUCCCCUCCUGCUCACAGGAGUCAAGAGACGAGGAAUGCAGAGGACAACAUCUUGAACGUAGAAAACUGCAGAAUAGUGGAGGUCCAGGUGCAGAACGGCAGCAGCAGACACGGCUCUCUGUCUGAGGAGGAGAACCUGGCUGUGCUCCGACGACAUGUAAUGAACGAGCUGUUGGAGACUGAGAGGGCGUAUGUAGAGGAGCUACUCUGUGUACUGCAGGGUUAUGCUGCAGAGAUGGACAACCCAGCCAUGGCCCACCUCCUCCCCAGUGCGCUGCUCAACAGGAAGGAUGUCCUGUUUGGAAACAUGCCAGAGAUCUACCAGUUCCACAAGAGGACAUUCCUCAGGGAGCUGGAGACCUACACAGACGUCCCUGAGCUSGUGGGACGCUGUUUCCUGGAGAGGAUGGGCGACCUGCAGAUCUAUGAGAAGUACUGUCAGAACAAACCUCGCUCCGAGAGCUUGUGGAGACAGUGCUCCGACUGCGCCUUCUUCCAGGAGUGCCAGAGAAAGUUGGAACACAAACUGGGGUUGGACUCGUACCUCCUCAAGCCAGUCCAGAGGAUAACCAAAUACCAGCUMAUACUGAAGGAGUUACUGAAGUACAGUAAGGGCUGUGAGGGUUCAGAGGACCUGCAGGAGGCGCUGUCCUCCAUCCUGGGGAUCCUGAAGGCCGUCAACGACUCCAUGCACCUCAUCGCCAUCACAGGAUAUGAGGGGAGCCUGACGGAGCUGGGCAGGCUGCUGAUGCAGGGGUCGUUCAGCGUGUGGACGGAACACAAGAAAGGUCACGCUAAGGUCAAGGACCUGGCCCGCUUCAAGCCCAUGCAGAGACACCUGUUCCUGCAUGAAAAAGCCUUGCUCUUCUGUAAGAGACGGGAGGAGAAUGGGGAGGGUUACGAGAAAGCCCCGUCCUACAGCUUCAAACACUCCCUCAACAUGAGUGCGGUGGGCAUCACGGAGAGCGCCAAGGGUGACAACAAGAAGUUUGAGAUCUGGUGUAAUUCCAGAGAGGAGGUGUUUAUCYUCCAGGCUGCGACACCUGAGAUCAAAACAUCUUGGUUGAACGAGAUCAGGAAGGUUCUGACUGGCCAGCUGAAGGCCUGCAGGGAAUCUAGUCAAAAGAAGGCGUCAGAKACAAUGUCUCCCAGUCCAACCAGCAACAGCCCACCGAUGUGUCUCAGUCCAUUUAGGAACUGUCAGAAGAGCGUGAAGAAGGGAGAAGAGAAGAAGACAGAUGCUGUCUUCUCUGACCCCAACUCCCCCUCCUCCCCAAAACACAAAGAGGAGACAGUCACCAGUCCCACCACUGACAGGGCAUCAGUGGCUAAAAAGCGUUUUACCCUUCAAGGCUUCAGCAAUCUGAAGAGUCAGAAAGAAUGUCUUCACCCUGCUGGUAAAAGUCUAACAUUACCAAUGGUAUUCUCUCAACCAGGAUCCCUCCUUAGCCCUGACCAUAAAGCCAAACGCCACGAGAUUAAGAGUGACCCAACUCCCUUUGGGUGUAAAGAGCCUGGUCAGACUCCUCACAUCACUCUGAGCAGGGCCAAGUGGCUCAGCACCUCUAGUCUCUUACAGCCAAAAGGAGAGGUAGUGUGACAACAUGCCUGGGAGGAACACGCUGCUGCACUGUGUGGUUGGCCUGGACCCUGCUCUCUGCUUUCCACACACCCCCCAACACAUAGUCACAAAUCACUAGCUUGUUCCACAAUCACAGACAAAUCUUCUCUCUGAGAUUUGCUGUUGAAUC